AUGCCGAAACGCACCCUCUUCACCAACAUUACCCCUCUCCCUCCUCAGGUCUCGCGCGAGGUGGCGAUUGCCAUGCUUCACAACCACGAUGAAAUGAUAGAGCUAAACCCGCUUGUCAUCGAACAUCAUCCGAUCAAAACUCCCCGAGAUGCCCCGGCCGACGAGUUUUUGGACUGCGCCUGGCAAGAGCUGACGGACAAGAUCCAUUACCUGCCCGGUGGAAUGGUCAAGGGGAAAGUCAGCUACAAGGCUUGCUUUCAUGACACUCCAAAUGGCCUCCAGACACACAUAUAUGCUCCUAUGGGCUUGGAAAUCCGAGAAAAAUGGACUAUAGGGGGUUCUCUGCCCGGUGAACCGCCGGAGCCACGAGAACUUGGGGUGGAGGUCCCUCGAACAGGUCUCUAUCUCCGCGAAGACGGCGACAUGAGAUGUAGCAUGCUCUUGACGUCGUUUGUCCGCAAAAACCUCGACAAAUCGCACAAGGUGUUGGUGGAGCGGAUUCUCAAAAAGGCCGAGCGAGUGGAGGAACGAGUCCAGACCUUUGCUCCUAUGACUCCUGCUCCUGAAAGCGCUCGUUUUCAAACCGGCUCCCACAUGUCCAAUUCGCAGUUCCUCAACGCAUCUAAUAUUCAAAGACCCCUCUCUCCGCAGAUGCUGUCGCCGCAGCAAGACAUGGGCUGGCAGACAAUGGCGCUUCACCCCGCUUUCCGACCUGACGAGAAGCGAAUGAGUACCUACAGUCUUCCUCCAUACCAGGCCAAUGGUCAAAUGCAACAACGAAUGAGUUACUAUGCACCGGUGAAGCAACCCGAUCCUCCCAAACAGUUCCUGGCCGAGCUACCUGGUUCCACUUAUCACACAGGUCACCUCGCACCCCCAGGUAUGGCCACCCCGCCAUUGGACCGCCGAACGAGCAUGAUGUCCGAAUUGUCUGGGUCUGAGGCGACGCUCAUGGGCUCACCAAAUAUGCAAGCUCAGUCCGACCGGGGUAGCUUGGCGGCGGAAACCCUCAGUUCCCAGAGGCUAAGCGGACAGGACUAUUCGCAGGACAGUGCGCCGUCGGUUGCAUCGGGCGUCUCAGGCCACCGCAGUUUCUCUGACCGAACGAGCAUGAUCUCGGAAUUACCCUCUUCACAACCGACAGAGAACAGAUACUACCAGGCCCCGAGGUCUUGA